UGCCUGCUGAACGCGCCCCUAGUGGCGUCUGAGAUGAUGACGUCUAAAAAAGGCGACAGUCACUGCAGUCGUCAAGACGCGACGAUAAUGGCUACAUGUGUGAUGCUACGUUGCUUGUCUUCCAACUUUACCUCUGCCUUGCUCUGCCGUUUGGCACAGCUACCUCCCUCUGGGCUGGUAUCCAGGGCAUACUUACGACGGACUUUGUCCACUACCACCCGACUCUCAUCAGCUCUUAAAUUCACAGACAAACACGAAUGGAUACGAGUAGAGGGAGAGGUAGGAACGGUUGGCAUCAGCAAAUUUGCUCAGGAGGCUCUAGGAGAUGUGGUGUACUGUGGACUACCAGAGAUUGGCACGCAGCUGGCGCAGACUGAUGAGUUUGGAGCAUUGGAGAGUGUGAAAGCAGCUAGUGAGUUGUACUCUCCUCUAACUGGGGAAGUCACAGAGGUCAACACACUCCUUGCAGACAACCCCGGCCUUGUCAACAAGUCCUGCUACAAAGACGGUUGGCUGAUGAAGAUGACCAUUGCCAACCCUAAGGAGCUAGAUGCUCUGAUGGAUGAGAAGGCUUAUGAGAGAUACAUCCGAUCCAUAGAGGACUAGCACAGCCUAGCCCCAACCCUUAUCACCCCCUCACCUGCCUGUCAAUCACUAGUAGAGGAAGUGCACCAGUUGUGCCAUGACACUACACCGGGGAACCAACAGAUGCCAGAGAGACUGCAGAGCUCAUCCGUAUUGACCUGCCAGUGUUAUUGUGCUCUGAAUGUUAAGUCUUUGUUGUACUGGUAAUGACUGACUUAAUGGAGAUGCUGAGGACAAGUGUCUUACACCUGUGACGUGUACAGUAUGUGGAUGAGUGAUACUGUACGACUCCUGAUGAGUCCUGAUGCAACCUAUGGAAGAAUCUCAAGUCUUUUCCUUGAUUCCUUGUGUCUGUUCUCUGCCUCUUUAAUAAAACAAAUCAGAGGGUUUCACUCUGUUUUGAGGAAUUGAGGAAAAGGCUUUUAAGAUUCAUCCUCAAUCUCUCCUCUGGUGCUCAAGGCCUGCCCCGAGCACAGGGUAUGAGGAACUUAAGAUUGUGAAUACUCUGAAAAAUAGUCCUCAAUUUCACUCUAUCAAUUACAGCUGGAUCAGUCUGUGUGCUAAGGGAGUAGAGGGAAGGGACUAACAAUAAAGCACUUUGGAUCUAGUGCAGGCUAGUUUCUACUGUAUGUUGCGCCUCUGCAUGUACUGGCACUAUCGAGGAGACUUAAAAAUAAAACGUACACGUGUGUUUACUUUGAA